AGCACCGUUCGCCAUUGACCUUCCAUAUUCAAGAUGUCUUCACGACAGCCCAGAUUCAAUCAACAAGCCCUCAUCGACACAACACCGUUGCCCGAUGACAUCCCUAAAGUCAAAGAACUCGGAGCCAGUUCCGCUCCUCUCCUGAGCGCAUCCUUUUUCAUUGGAGCACGAUGCAAGGCCUACAAUGACGACUACAUGAUGUGCAAGACAGAGGCAAACGGCCGAGGAGAGUUUGAGUGCAUGAAGGAAGGUCGCAAGGUCACAAGAUGCGCAGCCAGCGUUAUCAAGGACAUCAACGAGAACUGCUUGUCUGAAUUCCGUACCCAUUGGCAAUGCCUCGAAAACCAGAACCAUCAGUUGUGGAACUGCCGAUCGGAAGAGCGGAGGUUGAACAAAUGCAUAUUUGACAAACUGAAAUUGGAGAAGACCAUCCCAGACGCUCCAAAGGGCGACACGCCGGUGCAUCUACGAACGAAGAAUAUCUUCGCGUCCCAUUGAAAUUUGUAUAUUACUGUCCAAAAUCAAGCUCACAGAACAAUUGACCGGUCAAUUAAGACCCAGCACUGUGCAUGCCGCGCUCUCCAUAACAUUUCCAUUUCCGGUGAUUAAUACCAACGAUAUUAUUGGCCAACAGAGCUAUAUUGAAGAAGUCGAAGUUCAGCGUCUCCAACUGCAUGCAAUAAUCAAUAAUGCUCAUACAGGGGUGAAUUAACAACUAUCCUAUUUUUAGUCGCU